UUUUUGCUCCUGAGUUUUUUGUAGAAAUACUAUUUUUAUAUAUGCAGAUUUUGAGACUCAAGAAAAAAACAAUUAAAAUUUAGUGUGGUUUUCUCCUCUCAUGAACAUUUCCAGAAUCUGAGCUCUCUCUUCUAAUGGAAGAAGCAGCAUACCCAAACAAAGUUAUUCAACAGCUCUUCCUCUGUUUUUCAUCAAGUUACAUUGUUCUCCAAGAAACCAAACUCGAACCAAUGGAUAAAAACGGCAUCGUGCUGAUGAAAAGGUACGAAUUAGGCCGUCUUCUAGGGAAGGGCACAUUCGCGAAAGUGUAUCACGCACGUAACCUUAAAACGGGUGAAAGCGUAGCGAUCAAGGUAAUCGAUAAGGAGAAAGUCACAAAAGUCGGAUUAAUCGAUCAAAUCAAACGAGAAAUCUCGGUGAUGCGUCUCGUUCGUCACCCAAACGUCGUGUUCCUCCACGAAGUCAUGGCGAGCAAAACAAAGAUCUAUUUUGUGAUGGAGUACGUUAAAGGCGGUGAGCUUUUCAACAAAGUCUCUAAAGGAAAGCUUAAAGAAGACGUUGCUAAAAAAUAUUUCCAGCAACUGAUUGGAGCAAUCGAUUAUUGCCAUAGUCGCGGAGUUUACCACCGUGAUAUCAAGCCAGAGAAUUUGCUUCUAGACGAAAAUGGCGAUUUGAAGAUAUCUGAUUUUGGGCUCAGCGCGUUGAGAGAGUCGAGGAAACAAGAUGGCUUGCUUCACACGACAUGUGGAACACCUGCUUACGUGGCGCCUGAAGUAAUCUGCAAGAAAGGUUAUGAUGGUGACAAAGCUGAUGUUUGGUCUUGUGGAGUUGUGUUGUAUGUUUUGUUGGCUGGUUUUCUUCCGUUUCAUCAACAGAAUCUUGUCGAAAUGUAUCGGAAGAUCAAGAAUGGGGAAUUCAAAUGUCCAAACUGGUUUCCACCUGAGGUCAAGAAGCUAUUAUCUCGAAUUCUUGAUCCUAACCCUAAUUCAAGAAUCAAGAUUAACAAAAUCAUGGAGAAUUCUUGGUUUCAAAAGGGUUUCAAGAAGAUAGAAACUCCUAAAUCGCCUGAUAGUAAUCAGAUCGAAUCGCUAAUCAGUGACGUGCACGCAGCAUUUGCGGUACAGCCGAUGUGUUACAAUGCAUUUGACCUAAUCUCCUCUUUGUCUCAAGGAUUUGAUCUCUCGGGAUUGUUUGAGAAAGAAGAGAGAUCAGAAUCGAUGUUUACGACAAAGAAGGAAGCGAAGGAGAUAGUGUCGAAAUUCGAAGAGAUAGCUACUAGUAGUGAGAGGUUCGAUUUGAAGAAGAGUAAUGUAGGAGUGAAGAUGGAGGAUAGAAAAGAAGGAAGAAAAGGACAACUCGCAAUUAAUGUUGAGAUAUUUGAAGUGACAAAGAGUUUUCAUAUGGUUGAGUUUAAGAAAAGUAAAGGUGAUACAAUGGAGUAUAAACAGUUUUGCGAUGGUGAGCUUAAGCCUUCGUUGAAAGAUAUUGUUUGGAAAUGGCAAGGAAACAACAACAACAACAAUACCAAUGAGAAUGUUGCCUAAUGUGAUAAAAUGUGUUUUUCCUAUUCGAUUUCCUUUAAUUUGAGUCUUUUUGAUAUUUUUCUUUACUAUCUUUGAGAUCUAUGUAAUGGAUUCGCUGCAGUUAUCAUCACAUAUCUAGAUUUUUUUG